GAGACAAUCGAAGUCUUUCAUCGUUCGGUCAUGAUUUGGGAUUUCUCAUAUGUUCAACAAUUUUAAGGAAUUUGGAUAAGUAUUUGAUAGCCGUUUCUGAUUUUAUUGAGUGGUAAUUGAGAUGGAAGAUGUUGUAUUCUCGUGUACUGGUAAUGGAGUUCAAGUUGACCGUAAAGUAGUUCAGACAUUGCAAAAGAAUUUUGUGCAAGUACAGAACAUUUUGGAUCAGAACAGGUUGUUAAUCAACGAGAUCAACCAGAACCACGAGUCAACAAUCCCAGAUAACUUGACUCGAAAUGUUGGUCUAAUUAGAGAGCUAAAUAACAAUAUUAGAAGAGUAGUUGAUCUCUAUGCUGAUCUUUCCAGUUCUGUUACCACAUCUAUGGAGGCUUUCUCCGAGGGUGAAUCAAACAAUGCUAAUCAAUCAGAUCAAAGAGACGGUCAGAAGAGAAUAAGGUCCAGCUGAAGUUCAACUUUCUCCGUUUGAUUGUUUCUAAGUAAAUCAGCUCUGUUUAAAGAGGUUUGAGUAGAACAGCAUGGAUAUAUAUAUAUAUAUACCGAGGCUAUAAGCUAUAACGCUUUGAAAAUAAAUCCUAUCUGGUCAUGUGUUCCUUUGUUAUCUUUCUAUCUGUUCCUGCAAUUGGACUCAAAUUCAUAGUUAGCAAGUUGUAGUUUUCUCCUUUUAUGUUUGUUAUAGUAGAGUUACUUGUUCUGUCUUUAGAUGUUUGAGUGGGCGCGAAUAAGCUAGACAUAUAGCCCCACUCGUAGUUUCUCGUUUGAGUAUAUACUUUUGUCCUUUGUUCUCGUCUUUGGAACUCCUCGUUGUAUCAUGAAUUUGUUUCACUGUUAUUUCCAAAAUGCUGGUGUUCGGACUCGUUGAAA